AUGUCAAUUUUCAUCACUGGUGCUAGUGGAUAUGUAGGUCAACAUAUCCUUAGUGAAUUAUUAUCUUCAGAUCGUAAAGUUAUUGCUAUUGUAAGAUCUAAAGGAUCACAGGAUAAACUUGUUAAAUUAUUCCCAACAUCAAAUUUAUCAUUUGAAAUAGUUUCUGAACUUGAUAAACCAAAUGCUUUAGAUUCAAUAUUGCAAAAGCAUCCAGAAGCAACAACAUUUAUUAAUACUGCUCUGGUGGUUAAAUUUACUGCUGAUGAUUAUGCUAAAGAAAUCAUUGAUCCUUCAAUUAAUAUCAUCAAAUAUACUUUAACUAGUAUUAAAGAAAAUGCACCAAAUAUUAAACGUGUUAUUUUAACAUCAUCACUGGCUAGUAUGAUUGGACCAGAUAAAGCAUUUGGAUAUAAUGGAGAAUAUUCAGAUGAUGAUUGGUCACCUUUAACUUAUGAAUUAGGUAAAAUUAAUGGAACAAUGGCAUAUUUUACAGCUAAAAAAUUAGCAGAACAAGAAGCUUGGAAUUUUAUUAAACAUGAAAAACCAAAAUUUGAUUUAGUUGCAAUUAUGCCAAGUUUAAUUCUUGGACCAGUUAAAUUUGAUACUGAAAUAACUAAAAAUUCUCAACCUUCAACUUCUGGAAUGAUUGGAAGUUUAUUAAAAUUAAAUUCAAAUGAUGAAAUUCCAAUUAUGGCUGCUGGUGCUGUUGAUGUUAGAGAUGUUGCAAUUAUUCAUAAUAAAGCUAUUGAUGAUGAAAAUUUUUCAAAUCAAAGAAUUUUAUUAGAAUCAAAUAAAAUUACUAAUGAUAAUAUGAUUCAAAUUAUAAUUGAUAAUUUCCCAAAUUGGAAAUCAAAAUUACCUAAACCUAAUCCAAUUAAAGAAUCUGAUUUUGUUAAACCAAAUGAUGAAAGAUCUAAGAAAUUGAUUGGUAUGAAAUUAAGAAGUUUGGAUGAUUCAGUUAUUGAUUUAGUCAAACAAAUUGAAAAAGAUGACCUUGUUGAACUGGUUGAGAAAUUAAAAGUGUAG